AUGGAACUCGCAAAAGAAGAAGAAGUUUACAAGUUUCUUAAAGAAGAAAUCAUUCGGUUAAAGGAAGAAAAUGAAGGUCUGCAGCAGGACAGGGAAUUGGCGGGGGAACUUGGAAAAAGUCUCCUUGAGAACAAUCACGAAUUGGAAAGAAAACUUGAAGAAGUAAACAACGAUUACAUUUCAACGUUGGGAAAAAUAGAGGUAAGCUUAGUUUACACUUAAAAAUUCCACUAUUUUUGACCACUAACGUUUAAAUUGAUAGGUAAAACGUUUAUCCUGCCUUUAUUUCUUUCCACAGGAGCUGAAGCAAGACAAUCAUACUUUGCGAUCAAAGUUGGAAACCGAGAUUCGGGCCAAUUCAAAUCAUGUUCACGAAUUGGAUGACUUAAAGGAAAAAUUACGCAAGGAAUUUGACGAAAAGGAAAAAUCUCAGCAGCUACUCACGGAAAAAAAGGUCAAUGAUCUCCGAAAGGAAAUAGAGUCUUUGCAGAACGAUGUCAGCAAGCACACGCUCGUGGAAAAUCAACUACAGGAAAAGAGCAAGAAACAAGAAGAAAUGUUACGAAAGGCUUAUCAAAGCAAUGAGGAACUGCAACACAAAGGAAGGUCCAGGUUGGAAAGCAUUGAGGAGUAUGUAAAUCUUACUGCUGAACUACAGGGAGAACGAGAAGUUUUAAUGAUGAAAUUAGCGGAUUAUGAAGAUAACCAGCAGAGGAUGUUAUUCGAUCAAAACGUGUUAAAAGAGAAAGUUGGGUAUCUGGAAGAAGAACUGCAGGAGAAGACUCGCCAAGCACAUACUUGGUUAAACUGUUUACAGGCAAGUAUGAAAUAUUCAAAACUCAGGGAAAAUUUAAGAGCAAUAUCAAAAUCCCAAAAGUUCAGUUCUUUGUGAUAUUAAUAAAGAAGAGUUAGACUGUAGAACAGUCCGUAUUUUUGCGUAUUCAAGUACGCGCGAACACUGUCACGCAAAAGGUCUGGACGGGGAGAGACGCUAACUUACGCCAGGCAACGCCAAGCGACCGCCAGGCUUUAACGCCAGGCUGCGCCAGGCUCGAUCAUGGAUAAUGGAAAGACCUUUUUAUAGACCUUGUCACGGGCGUUCAGAUCGUGGUGACGGAGCAAAGAGACGUGAGCAGAAAAAAACGCGCCACACUCCACUAUCCACAAGCGCACACUCCACUAUCCGAACGCUUGGAACAGGCUAAUUACCUUGUACAUGUACAUUGGUAGCAUUGCAGCCUGUUCUAAUUUCCAGGAUGUAAGAUUAUUUACUCAAAAUUUAUGUUGGCUUGAAAGAAAUCAUGGUAAAUUUUUGAGUUAGCCUGUGAACAAUGCAAUGAUAAGUAUCCGCUCAUCAUUUCACACCACUCUCCACUAUAAUCUGAAUACCUGAAACAAUUUUAUGCAGUGAGCUGGUUAAGAAGCACCAACCUGUGAAUACAGCUGUCUCUUAGUACUCUCUAUCAUCCCAGCAACGAAAAGCAAAGAGAAGUGGAGGUAUAUUCACAGGCUACACCCAACGGAAUUUUUUUUUGGCAGAAAGGUAACCAAUCCCAAGAAAGCAUACCUCCGACAUAAUACCUACUUACACGGGGUGGGGUGGGCUGAACCCUAAAACCACCUUACAUGGGUCUUGUUAUCAAAUGACGUCAAAACACUGUUGGAAGUCAUGGUGUACUAUUCCAGGUUGGCAUCACUUUUAGCCUUAAUCGUCCUCGCAGGCUAUAUAAAAAACUAAUUAUAUGGUAUGUCCGUAUUUUUAGUGUCGACAGUGGGUUACGGCUUUGCCUCUUUCUAAGCCUUUUGUCUCUCCCCCUCCCCCCCCCCUUAACAACCUGUGCAUGUAUCUUUAACCUAAAAGCAAUACCAAGCCCUUCCUUAUGUCUUAAAUUUAUUUUUAUGUAUAAAUGAUGUGUCUUUUGACAACCAUCUUAAAACAGGACUCCCGCCUUGAAGCAGGUGAACUUAAAGCUGAAUUAGAAAACCUGAAAGCUGACAACGCCAGGAGAAACUUCGGGAAACAAGGAAACUCAUUGUUUGGAGAGGUACGGAGUAUAUUUCAUUUCUUGCACGCAAGUCCUAAUAAUCAUUGUUUUUGUACUCUGUAUAAACAUAACACUUUUAAACUUCUGUAGGUGGAGGACAGACGGCUUGAACUUGAGAAGAAGUAUUGCAGUUUACAAGCCAGACACGAAGGGAUGGUCAAGAUACACAAUAUGACAAAACAACAUUUGCAGAGGCUGAAGGUAAUGUCCUAAAUUGAUCAGCACCGCACUGAAUAUAUUAGCCCGCAAAACAGGUGAUAUUUGGCGACCGAAGCAGAUUUGGACUCCCACUCGAACCCUCUGUUCAGAAACUAUCGAAAAAUUACAGUUAUUUAUUCGACGUGCAGCAUUUUGUCUGUUUGUUUCUUGUUGUCAUUGUCGGCACAAUUGCAUUUUAUGAGGGCAAUAAAGCGAUCAAUAAUUUAAUACGUUCCUAUACUUUCUUUUUGUUUGAAGAAUCAAGUGGCCACUCUUCUUCAAGUUAAAGGCUGUCAUGCAGAUGCUUCUCAGAUUCAAAGGUUGACCCAGGCGUUGGUACAGAAGGAGGGUGAAGUAAAAAUACUGAACUCUAAAAUAUCAAGUUUGGAAAAACAAAAGGUAGUGUGCGCCACAUUCAACGUUUGCUUUCAGUUUUUCAGCUGUAAACCUGUCCUCUGUGCCCAGGCAUACAGUAAUAGUUUUAAACUAUUCGGGGGAAAGGAAAAAAAAUCUGUAGCACGGAUUUCCUCGUUGUUGGCGUACAUGUACAUUGCCUUGACGGAACUGAUUUAAAUACUGGGUCUAUCGGUCUAGGGUAGCUUAAAUGUGAUGGAGCUCCGUCUGAGUGUUAACCAAUCGACGGCUUGGAAAAUGUGUGACUCCACUAUUAGGUCGCCUCGAAAACGGCUCCUUCCCAUACAACGGUUGCGUAAUAACGGCACGAAAACAUUUCAACAUCAUCCAUACAACGUGUGGCUUUAUAUAGCAAUCUAGCGAAUUCUCGACCUUUGGGUGAGAUGACCAUUACCGUAAUCUGUCUUGAGAAUUGCAUCUUUUUACCAGCAAAUCUGUUUCUUAUUUCAGGCGGGAAGCAGCAUGAGUGACCGUUUGAUGGAAUUUCACGAUGCUUUUUCCGAGUUUGGUGAUAAGAAGGACUACGUAAACUUCCUUCAGUUGCAAUUGGAAGAUUCGAAGUAAGUCUUAAUGAACAACAAAAAAAUUUAUAGCGGAGCCUUGUGUUUAGAGGAUAAAAAAACUGUUAAGCCCUCCGAGCUCAAAGACCUUGACUCACACUUAGACAAGGAGAUCAGUUGUUUUCACUAUUGACGGAAGUGGUGGCUAUUCCACAGGUUUCUCUUGAGUGUAGCCAGCUCUUGGGUAGGUUUAUACGUCUUUGUCUUCUGCAUCCUCGGAGACCCAGGCCUGGCAGUAGCUGGUUUCGGGAGAAACGUUUCCGCCUCUUUCUACCGCCCUGUGUUUGCGAGGAUGGUCUCCCUGCGGUAAGAGAGAGAGAGAGAGAGAGAAAAGAAAGCUUCUCAGUUGUUCACGCGGAGCGCUACUACUACACUACUCUCUACUCAAACGUCUUUUUUUAUGUCUGGACGAAAAAAAGUUAUAUUUUGUUUUGUAGGAAGACUGUGGCAGGAUUAAACAAGGAACUGCAGAACAAAACUUUACUGCAUUUGGCGGAGACAGACAGGCUUCGUCACACAGAGCAUCAACUUCACGCUUCUGAAUCCAAAGUGGAAAGACUAAACAGCGAAAAUAUCAAGCUAAGGCUUAAAAUCGACGAUUUACGAAUGAAACUACAAAAUCGUAAGUUGUCGAUAUUUUAGCGCUGCUUACCUAAAAUUAAUUGUCGCAAAAAAAAGUUCUCAUUGACUUUACCGUUGUCAGAUUCGUAAGCGGCUAUUCUUGCUCAUCCGGAGGGUAACCCUGUUGCAAUCCCUGGUGUUGCCCCCUCCCGUAAGCGACCACUUAAACCGAUUUUCGUUGUAGUCGUUUACAAAAGAGUUAACUAAAAUCUCAUUCUACGUUAGAUUCUCAGGGCAUAGCUCAGAAUGCGUCUCAACCACAAAACAUCAAUAGAUCUGUGGGGAAGGCAAGAUCGGCCGCCGGGUUCACUGACGCCAACACAAGUCUUGAGCAAACAGCGCCGAAGAAACAACGGCAGGACAAUUUGGAACCGAAAGCUCGGCCGAUAAAACAGGAACCGCUGGGUGUCAAACCCAAAUUAGACGAGUCGACAAGUGUGAAGUUUCCCAAUGUCCCAUCAAUUCUCCAAAACAUGCAUGUACCAGAUUUAGAAAAACCGGCUAAAAGAGAGGAGAACAGCAAACUUUUAACUCCAGUUCAAGCUGGAUCAAUUGCUUGGAAUUUAAACUCAUCGAAAAAUUUGGCAUUAUCAAAUAACAGCGAUGAAAAAGGCGUCAGGAUUGAAGAAAAGUGUGAAAAGAAGACAAGGGUUCACUUCCCUGAAACCGCCGACAGCCUCUGUUCUACAAAGAUGGAUACAAGCGAUUUAACACAGACUCAAAGUGUGGUGGAAAAUGCUCACAUGGAACUGAAGAAAGAAAAUUGUCAUCCCAAGGUAAUUAUAGACUAUCAAAAAGAUCCUGCGAUCGCUUAGCCCCCGCGCGGCCUUAUAAGGUCGCUCCGCUUGCUUAGAAUCUCGUGAGGUCGACUUGUAGCAAGUCUAAGGUAAUUAUUCACGUUUCCAUCAAAUGGAGUCGGUUAUACUCAAUGUAGACAACCGUAACCCGCCUCUAUUGAAGGGAAUGCCUCAGUGGCACGCAUGGAGCGACCAGUGGUGGCUGUAUUAGGAGGCUGAGUCAAUCAUGUUUUAAAACGGUGUGUGCAAAUUCCAGCCCCUUGUACUUGUAUUUUCUACGCGAAUGUUGUGUUAAUUUUUCAGGGAAUGUUCUUUUCAUUGUUCGAUUCUGGUUUAGCUGGUAUACGGUGUAUACUUGAACAACCGAGCUAAUAUGGACGUAGUACAUGGCCUUUUUCACCAUCGUCUCUCUGUCGCUCGGAAAGGGGGGGGAAGAAAAGGGUGGAGUAGCCUGUUUUUGAACCCUGUCAGGGGCUCAAAUUAUUUUGUCAUCCGCUCCUAACAUGACAAACUCUACAUAUUUUUAUCAAUGUACACCAAGCUCGCUAUUUGACGGUGUCGGUAUAUGUAUAUUUGUCUUAUGUCUUUGCAAAAAGGCUGCCUGUGCUUAAUAUCACAGCCAGUAUUGUUACCGUGAAGGAGCUAGUAAUGGAGGAUGCUUCCUGCUGAUAUAUUUUAACACGUCACUAUUCUGGGCUUGACUCUAUCAUUUUACCUGAGUUUUUGUCUCUGAAUUUCAGAACUGUACUUCAGAGAAUGGAAGCAUUUCUACAGUCACCGUCAAAGGACAAAGAAACGCGCCAGUGGUUAUAAAUGUGAAAAAAGGCGAGGCCAAAAACCAGUGCCCACAGCAGUGA